AUGCGGGAAGUGGUGACUCUUCAGUUCGGCAGCUACGCCAACUUCGUCGGCGCUCACUUCUGGAACUUGCAGGAUGAGGCGGUGGGGCGGCAGGGCGAGGGGGGCGCGGAGCAGAAUGGAGCGGGCGUGGAGGAGAGCGUGGUGAUGCAGUGGCGCGAGAUGCCAGGGCCUGCCUCCACACCGUACUGCACGCCGCGCCUGCUCGCCAUCGACUAUAAAGGCUGCCUUGGCCCCGUCUCCCUCGCCUCGCCUCUCCAUGCCCAUGGGGGCAUCGCCGCUGCACCGUCUGCCAUGCCUACCUGGUCUGGCCCCUCCCAUGUCUCGUCGCCCGCGCCUCUCCCCCUCAACCCCUUCCUGCGCCGCCUGCUGCACCCACCCGCACCCGCCGCUCACACAGCCUCUUCCGCACCUAAUUCCCAGGCCAGGGGGGAGGAACGGCACGAGGCCACAGGCAGGCACGGUGGGGGGGAGCUGGGAGAGGAGGCAGAGGGGGAGGCGGAAGGGGAGGAAGAGGAGGAGGCGGAGGUGGCGCGGGGGUUGGAGGGCGGCGUGGGGUACUGGACGGAGUACCUUAAAGCCCACGUGCGCCCCGCCAGUGUGGUGCAGGUGCCGGGCGGGUGGUGGCAGGGUGCGCUCUCCCCCCUGGACGCGGGGGGGUAUGGCGACUGGCGCGAGGUGGGGGGCGGGCGGGAGGGCGAGGAGGAGGUGGAGGAGGGCGUGAGGCGGCUGGCAGAGGAGUGUGAUGCGCUGCAGGGCUUCUCGCUGCUGCUGCACGCCACCUCGCCCUUUGCCUCCCUCGCCACGCGCACCGCACUGCACCUGGCUGUGGAGUUCCCAAGGGCGCCCAAGCUGCUCUUCUCCCUGCGCCCCCCUGACGCCCUGCUCCCGCCCGCCACCCUCUCCCCCGGCCCCCACGCCCUGCCCGGCAUGCCCUCGCUGCAUGACCUCUCGUCUGCCGUCUCCCUGGCCUCGCUGCUGCCCCUCACCUCCCUCAUUCUGCCCCUCGGCCUGCCCUCCCUCUCCGGUGUGCUGCCGCACGUGCAUGCCAGCGACACCGCUCUCUUCCACUCCUCUGCUCUGCUCGCCACUGCCAUCGACGCCCUCUCCUCGCCCUUCCGCCUCGCCCCGCGCGCCCCCACCUGCGCCUCCUCCCCCGUGGGCGCCGUGUCCCUCAGGGACUACUGCACCCUGCUCUCCCUCUCCUCGCCCCAUGCCGCCCUCGCUUUCGCCUCCUUGGCCCUGCCGGCUCAGCCGCUACACGAGGCAGGGGAGCAGGAGGCGGCGAGUGGAAGCUCGCCAUGUAGCAUGGCGGUGCUGACGUCAGACGUGUGCAGCAGCGGAGAGGGGCGAGGAGGGAGGGGAGGAGGCAGUAGGGGAGGGCAGCGAGGCGAGGGGAUGGGGCAGCAGCAGGAGGGGGAGGAGGGGGAGGAGGGGGAGGAUUUGGAAGCAGGCAUUGGAGCACAGGUGGUGGUGGCACGUGGUGCAGUGGGGCAGCAAGCUACAGAGACUGCUGGCAGUGAAGAGGGAAGAUCAAAGUAUGAUGGGGGUUGGAGGGGGGAUGGUGAGAGCAAGUGUGGGUGGUGCAUGGGCAGGGCACAUGAGUGUGCUGUGCAUCCCUCGCUCACUGCACCUCCUCAUCUUCAUUCACUGCACCUCCUCAUCUUCAUUCACUGCACCCCCCUUUUCCCCUCCCUUCUCCCCUCCCCUUUCCCCUCCCUUCUCCCCUCCCUUCUCCCCUCCCCUCACCCCUCCCCUCUCCCCUCCCUUUUCCCGCCCUCCCACAUGUCUGCAGGCCCCACCAGCACUGUCCCCACACCGCUACCACCAGCGGCGGCAGCAGCAGCCAUCCACCGGGCCCUCCUCGCCGCCCGCCCUCGUGCUCCGCCCUGCAUUGCCCACAUCGCCGCCGCCCAGCAGCCCCUCGCCAUUCCCCUGCCCUUUCCUCGGUUCUUCUCCGAUGACAUCAGCAAAUACGGCCUCAUCCUGCCGCCCUCCCGGCACCGUGCCAGCCACUUUGCUUCCCUGGCGGGCGGGGUAGCAGCAGCAGCGGCGGGUGGAGUGGGAGGAGGGGGGUGGGGAGGCGGGAAUGGGGUGGGAAUGGGACCGGAUGUGGAGUGGGCGCCAGUGGUGGCGCGGGCAGCAGCGGGGAGGGGUGGGGCACGGCACGGGGAGGUGCUUGCCGGUGCUUUGGAGUGGGUGGGGGGCCCUCGAGGGGGGGCGGGCAGGCAGGUGGUGGCGGCGUGGGGGGUGGAGGGCGAGGAGGUGCGGGAGAUGCGCGAGCGCGUGUUGGAUGUGUGUGGGCGGCUCAGGGGGGAGAGAUAUGAGGAUGACAGUGAGUGA